AUGGCCGCAUGCCGGAAAGCUACACUCCUCGGACUGCCAGUUGUGUGCAGUUGCAGACUGAGCCCCAGCUCUCUGGUGUGUUGUGUUGUUUCUGUGUGUUUGUUGGUGGCAGUGAGUGCACAGGGACAGUCCGAACCCUAUCUGGCGUACGGAGCGAGCCUGGGCUCGGUGCUGCUGGCUAACAACGGAGUGAGAGUCCCCUUCGGCAGAUCGGUCUACAUCGACCCUGUCAGCGACCUGGUGAUCCAAGUGCAGCCGGGGGACAGGUGCUUUGUCACGGUGCUGGAGAACGACCCCCUCUCCCAGAGACCUGGCAUGUUGUCUCCCAAGAAAUUUCCCUGUGACUUCGGCCCGGAGGAUGUCAAGUACACUCACUUCGGCUCCAGGAGCCCCAGCAGAGACCGGGUGAGGCUGCAGCUCCGCUAUGACAGCCAGAGUGACACUAUCAUCGUGCCCUUCAUGCUGGAGGUGGAGGUGGUCUUCCAGCAGCUGCAGAUCCUCACCCGGAAUAUCCCCCUGCUCGUGGAGAAGUUGAAGGGUAGCAGUAACCCUAUCGAUAAGAAGGUGCUGGGCUACACCUACGACAGCAGCUCAGAAACAUGCCAGAUCAGCACGUUACUGGGCACCGGCGGCCUGCCCAGGUAUGGCAAACUGUUAAACUUCACAUCCAACGGGCACAUGGUGGAGUGCGACACCUUCGUGACUUCAGGCAUUCGCUACAAGCACACGGCUAGCACCAGCUCACCCAACAGGGAUUACAUCCCCAUGCUGGUGGAGCUGCUGGAUCGAGAAGGGAACCCUGUCAAACAGGAAUAUUUCCAAAUUAUGGUGCGGAUCCGGGAGGGCACGGAAAACACUCCACCCAAACCCAGCUUUGUGGCGAUGAUGAUGAUGGAGGUGGACCAGUUUGUCAUGACAGCCAUCACCAGUGAUAUGUUGGCUGCUGAAGAUGUGGAGUCGGAUCCUGAUGCUUUGAUCUUUAACAUCACUUCACCCCUUGGCCCCCAGCAAGGCUCCAUCAUCAGCACCGACGACCAGAACCUGCCCAUCACCUCCUUCUAUCAGAGGGACGUCAGAGAGCUGAAAAUCGCCUACAAGCCUCCCCCGGUGGACUCGGACACGGAGAGGAUCUUCCAGAUGGAGUUGGAGGUGGUGGACAGCGAAGGAGCCGCCUCGGACACAUUCGCCUUCAUGAUUGUGGUGAAGCCAAUGAACAGCCUGGCACCGGUGGCCACCAGGAACAGCGGGCAGCUGCUGUUUGAGGGGCAGUCGCGCCCGUUAGCCAGCGGGCAGAACCUGCAGGUUAGUGAUGAGGAUGAUGUGGAGAAUGUGAAGAUCACAGUGCUGGAAGGCCUGAGGCAUGGCCAGCUGACCGUACUGGGAGAGCCGAGGAAAUUCUUCACCCCGGCUGAUUUAGAUGCUGGCCGGGUCCUUUACCAACACGAUGGCUCUGACACCUACAGCGACAACAUCAUCUUCAGGGUGAGUGACGGCAAACACCGGGUGGAGCUGCUCUUCCCCAUCACCAUAGCACCGACUGACGACGAGCCUCCCAUUAUUAACGCGAACACCGGCCUGCUCCUCUUCAAGAACGAAAUGCUGCAGAUCUCACCGUUCAUCCUGAGCGCCAAUGACAUCGACUCGGAAGAUUCAACCAUCCGCUUCGUCCUGGAACCUCCUUAUUCCCAAAUUGGCGUCAUGCUCCUGAGGCAGCCGGAGCUGCCCGAUGAAGCCUCUGGCUGGAAGGAUUUGCAAAGCCAGGGGGUCUAUGAGAAGGUGGUGACCGAGUGGUCCCAGCAGGACAUCCUGGAUGGGAAGCUAUAUUACCGCCACAUCGGCGCUCACAGCAGCAGCACUCUGAUGGAUACUUUCAGCUUCCGAGUUCAGGACGACAACGACCCUCCAAACCAGUCCGGGGAGCACAAGUUCACCAUCAAGAUCCAGCCCGUGGACGACCUUCCACCUGAACUGUUCCCGGGCUGCCUGCUCCAGAUGGUGGUGAAGGAGUACGAGCUCACCCAUUUCCGCAAGAAGUUCCUGCGUUACACCGACCUGGACUCCGAUGACCGAGACCUGAGAUACACCGUGCUCACACCUCCAACAGAUGUGGAUGAGAACCACCUAGUACCGACGGGCCAGAUCGUUUUGACUGAAAACCCCAGUGUAGUUCUGACCGAGUUCACCCAGGCGCAGGUGAACCACCACAAGGUCGCCUACAGCCCCCCAGACCAGGAGCUUGGCAUCACCCCAAGAGUGGUCCAGUGGACCUACUCUGUGGAAGACACGGCAGGGAAUUCUGUAGAAGGCACGUUUACCAUCUUUUUACAACCAGUGGACAAUAAACCCCCUGAAAUCACUAACACUGGCUUCACUGUAUCCGAGCGGGGUGACUUUGUAUUAACCACCGCAGAGCUGGAUGCCACUGACCAGGAUACUGAUGAAGACAAAAUAACCUUCACCUUGACCCAGGCUCCAAAGCAUGGCCUUUUACAGUAUGUAGGAGUCACUAUUUCCGUGGGCGAAGCGUUUAUCUUGGACGAUAUUGCAAGUGGGCGGGUUGUGUACUGGCACAGCGGGCAUGAGUCUACAAGCGAUUCAUUUAAAAUAGACAUUGGCGACGGGGUCCACGAAGUUCCGGUAACUAUUAGAGUUACAGUGCGACCAGUAGAUGACGAGAUACCAACCAUUAUGCUUCCUGAAGGACAACUGGGCACACACAUAGAUGUCCUUGAGAAUGGGGCCACUGAAAUUACCAGCAGUGUUAUCCAGGGUACUGAUGAAGACACUGAUGACCUAAUGCUGACGUUCAUUGUGGAAGACCCACCUAAGCUUGGUGAGAUAUUAGUAAAUGGGUUACCAGCAGAGAGGUUCACGCAGGAGGAUAUCAUCAAUGGAAUGGUGGUGUAUGCUCAUACCAGUGGUGAAAUUGGAACUCAGAGAAAACACGAUUCCUUCAACUUGACCAUAUCUGACAUGUCAAAUGAAUGGGUUGUUGGUGGAAACAAAGUACAAGGCGUCAGAGUUCAAGUCACAGUCUUGCCUGUUGACAGCAUGGCACCUGAGAUUGCGAUUGGUGAGCAAUACACAGUUUUGGAGGGAGAGAAGAAUGUCAUUACAUUGGCAAACCUCAAUGCUGCAGAUGUAGAUACUCCUAAUGAUGAGAUCCUGUGCACUAUAAUUGUUCAAUCUACCUUUGGUUAUGUUGAAAACAUUUCUCCAGCUCCGGGGUCUGAGAAGUCAAGGACUGGAACAGCAAUUAGUGCAUUUACUAUUAAAGAUGUUCGCGAUGGACAUAUCUACUAUGUGCAAAGUAUUCACAAAGAGGUUGAAAAAGUUGAGGACAGGUUCACCUUCCGCUGUUCUGAUGGCAUUAACUUCUCUCAGCGUCACUUCUUCCCAAUAGUCAUCAUCCCAACCAAUGAUGAAAAGCCAGAGAUUUUCAUCCGUGAGUUUGUUGUGAUGGAGGGGAUGAGUCUUGUUGUAGACACCCCAAUUUUGAAUGCAGCUGAUGCAGAUAUUCCUGCUGAUGAACUUUAUUUUAUUGUAACCAAGCCACCAAAACAUGGACAGAUUGUCCAACAGUUACCACAUGGUACUGUUCCAGUCAAAAAUUUUACUCUAGAGGAAAUUUCAAUAGGUUCCAAUAUUGUCUAUGAACAUGAUGAUUCUGAGACUAAAGAAGACAGCUUUGAUAUUAGACUCACAGAUGGCAGACAUGCUGUAGACAAGACCGUCCUCAUCAUGAUAAUUCUUGUAGAUGAUGAAACACCACGGAUGGCCAUUAAUGAUGGUCUAGAAGUUGAAAUAGGUGAAUCAAAGCUAAUAACCAACAGAAUCCUAAAGGCAACAGACUUAGAUUCAGAUGACAAAACAUUGACUUACAUAAUUCGUCAUAGUCAAAACCAAGGCUUAUUGCAACAUCUGAUGAAAGAUGGUGAUGUGGUUCAGAAUAUCACUGUUGGCAUGAAUUUUACUCAGGACGAAAUUGAUAAAGGAUUGAUUCAGUACGUGCACACUGGUCAAGAAGGUGUACGUGAUCUUAUUAAAUUUGAUGUAACGGAUGGCAUCAACACGCUGAUUGAUCGUUAUUUCUAUGUUAGCAUUGGCAGCAUUGAUAUGCUGUUCCCUGAAGUAAUUAACAAAGGAGUUACACUGAAGGAAGGUGGGAAGGUUACACUGACCACUGACUUACUGAGUACCAGUGACAUUAACAGCCCUGAUGAAUACUUAAGAUUUAGCAUCACUCGUGCCCCGAGUCGUGGUCACCUAGAGAAGACCGAUAAUCCUGGUGUUCCAAUUACUUCCUUUACUCAGUUAGAAUUAGCAGGAAACAAAAUCUAUUACAUCCACACAUCAGACGAUGAAGUUAAGAUGGACAGUUUUGAAUUUGAGGUGACUGAUGGUUACAAUCCAGUUUUUCGUACCUUUCGUGUUUCGAUUACAGAUGUGGACAAUAAGAAACCAGUGGUCACAGUCAAUGAUCUGGUCGUGAGUGAAGGGGAAAUGAAGCUGAUUACUCCAUUUGAACUCACAGUUGAGGACCGUGACACUCCAGACUAUCUUCUGCGUUUCACCAUUACUCAAGUUCCUGUGCAUGGUCAGUUGUUAUUUAAUGGAAGCCAACCAAUCACCAGCUUCACCAAGCAGGACCUCGAUGAAAAUCUUAUUAGCUACAAACAUGAUGGCACAGAGACAAACGAGGACAGUUUCUCCUUCACUGUAAUGGACGGCACACACACUGAAUACUAUGUUUUCCCAGAUACUGUGUUUGAGACCCGUAGGCCUCAGAUGAUGAAGAUCCAAAUAUCAGCAGUUGAUAAUGGUAUUCCACAAGUUGUUGUCAACAAAGGAGCUCCAACCCUUCGAACUGUGCACGCUGGUCACCUUGGAUUUUUGAUCAGCAGCAAAGCACUGAAGGCUGAAGAUCGUGAUAGUCCACACAAACUCCUGAAGUUUAGGAUCACAGAAGGACCAGGGCAUGGCUACAUUAUUAACACUGACCUGGGCAAUGUUAGUGUCACCACAUUCAGUCAAGCUGAUAUCGAUGACAUGAAGAUCUCCUAUGUCUUGCGUGAAGGUGACAAUGCAACAAGUGAUAUCUUCUACUUCUCUAUUGAAGAUUCUGGAGGGAACAAACUGAAGAGUCAGCCGUUCCGCCUGAACUGGGCUUGGAUUUCCUUGGAGAGAGAAUACUACCUAGUGGAUGAGGACUCCCGGUUUCUAGAAGUGACACUGAAACGAAGAGGGUACUUGGGAGAAACAUCUUUCAUUGGCAUUGCCACCAAGGAUGGAAGUGCAGAAAAGGAUAAGGAUUUCAAAGGGAAGUCCCAGAAACAGGUCCAGUUCAAUCCAGGCCAGUCUACUGCAACCUGGAGAGUAAAGAUACUUGCUGAUAAUGAAUAUGAGACUUCCGAAACAUUCCAGAUAGUCCUGUCUGACCCUGUCAUGGCUGCGUUGGAGUUCCCAGAAGUUGCUACAGUUGAGAUUGUUGAUCCUGGUGAUGAAUCAACAGUUUACAUUCCCCAAUCAGAAUACAGGAUUGAGGAGGAUACUGGUGAAGUGCUCAUUCCGGUGAGGAGGUCUGGUGAUUUUAGCCAAGAGCUCAUGGUCAUCUGCUUCACACAGCAGGGUACUGCUACAGGCACUAUUCCAAGUACCAUCUUGUCCUAUUCUGACUUUAUCACCCGUCCAGAGGAUCACACCAGUAUAAUUCGAUUUGACAAAGAGGAGACCGAAAAGUUCUGUCGCAUUGUCAUCAUUGAUGAUUCACUUUAUGAAGAAGAUGAGAGCUUCAACAUCACACUCAGUAUGCCCAUGGGUGGUCAGGUUGGCAAACAAUACCCCAGUUCUCGUGUCAUCAUUCUUCCCGAUAUGGCUGAUGAACCUGCAUUCUACUUUGGAGACACAGAAUAUCAGGUCGAUGAAAGCGCUGGCUAUGUGGAGGUGCGUGUUUGGAGGACAGGAACUGACCUGUCGAAGACUGCUACUGUCACUGUGCGUUCCCGCAAAACUGAACCAAUGUCGGCAGAAGCUGGAGUUGAUUAUGUUGGAAUCAGCCGGAACCUGGACUUUGCCCCUGGCGUCACGAUGCAGACUUUCCGCGUUACUGUCCUGGAUGACCUGGGCCAGCCUGUCCUCGAGGGGCCUGAGAGUUUUGAGCUUGUGCUUCGUAUGCCAAUGAAUGCAGUGCUUGGUGAACCCAGCAAGACCACAGUGACUAUUAAUGAUUCCACAUCUGACUUGCCCAAGAUGCAGUUCAAAGAAUCUCAGUAUGUAGGAAAAGAAAAAGCUGGCAAGAUUACAACUGUUGUGUACCGCAGUGGAGACAUUAGUUAUAAGUCUACAGUGCGUUGUUAUACUCGCCAAGGCACUGCUCAGGUAAUGAGUGAUUAUGAGGAAAGGCCAAACACAGAUGAUUCCAUCAUUACUUUCCAACCUGGGGAGAUAGAAAAGACCUGCACUGUACCUCUUGUGGAUGAUACCAUUUAUGAAGAAGAGGAAGAGUUCCGUCUGGUACUUGGGACACCCCAAAGUGAAUCGCCAUUUGGGGCUUCUGUGGGAGCGCAGAAUGAAACUCUAAUCACGAUCAAGGAUGAAGGAGACAAACCAAUUAUAAAGUUUUCUGAAACAAAGUACAGCAUUCAAGAGCCUCAAGAGUCUGGGGAAUUAGCGAUUGUAACAAUCCCGGUGUUACGUUUGGGCGAUGCAUCAAAGGUCUCCAUUGUACGAGUUCACACUAAAGAUGGUUCAGCCACAUCUGGUGAAGACUACAAUCCAUUAUCUAAAGAUAUCGAGUUUAAGGAAGGGGAAACUGAACAUUUUAUAGAGAUAGAAGUUGUGUAUGAUGGAGAGCGGGAAAUGAGAGAAGCUUUUACUGUUCACUUGAAGCCUGAUGAGAACAUGGUGGCUGAAACACAGAUGAGCAAAGCUAUUGUGUACAUUGAAGAAAUGGACAGUGUGGCCGAUGUCACCUUCCCAGCUGUCCCACAGGUUGUCUCACUCCUGACGUACGAUGACACUGCCAAAGCAAAAGAAGCUCCCAAUCCACCAGCCGGCUACCCCGCAGUCUGCGUUACGGCUUGCAAUCCAAAGUAUUCAGACUAUGAUAAGACUGGGUCAAUCUGUUCGGCUGAGAAUAUUAAUGACACUUUGACCCAAUACCGUUGGCUUGUCAGUGCUCCCACUGGCCAGGAUGGAGUGACCAGCCCCAUGCGUGAAGUGGAUUCCAACACAUUCUUCACCAGCACCAAGCUCAUCACCUUAGAUUCUAUCUACUUCCAGGCAGGCUCCAGGGUGCAGUGUGCUGCCAGAGCUUUCACUGCCACUGGUGACGCAGGUCUGGAGCUUCUCAGUCCCAUCAGUACAAUCAGCAAGGAAGAUGGUCUUUGCCAGCCACGUGUUCCAGGAGCAGUUGGCGCGGAGCCUUUCUCUGCAAAGUUGCGUUACACUGGUUCAGACGACCCUGACCAUCCAAACCUUAUCAAGCUCACUGUGACAAUGCCUCACAUGGAUGGCAUGCUCCCUGUCAUCUCAUCUAGGCCACUGUCCAACUUCGAGUUGACCUUAAGCCCAGAUGGCACCCGGGUUGGUAACCAUAAAUGUUCCAAUCUUUUGGAUCAUAAUGAAGUCUCCACUCGUUAUGGCUUCAUUAAUGAUGCCACAAAGAACCCUGAGGUGAUUGGAGAAACAUCUCCAUAUCAGUACAACACUGCUUUGCGUUCGGCUAGUACUCUUCGAUUCUACCGUAACCUCAAUCUUGAAGCAUGUCUCUGGGCAUUCACAAGCUACUAUGACAUGUCUGAACUUCUGACUGAGUGUGGAGGCACCAUCGGCACUGAUGGACAGGUUCUGAACCUAGUCCAGUCGUAUGUCACACUUCGCGUGCCUCUUUUCGUCUCCUAUGUCUUCCACUCUCCUGCUGCUGUUGGUGGCUGGCAGCACUUUGACCUGCAAUCUGAACUGAAGCUCACUUUUGUGUAUGAUACCGCCAUCUUGUGGAAGGAUGGUAUCGGUAGCCCCCCUGAGGCAGAACUACAAGGUUCCUUGUAUCCAACCAGCAUGAGGAUCAAUGAAGAAGGGCGACUGGUGGUAAAUUUCAAGACGGAGGUUCGAUUCAGAGGCCAGUUUGUUAUGUCUCACCCAGGUACCUCGUUGGCAUCAAUGGUAAUGUCUGCUGAUCACCCUGGCCUCACGUUCACACUCAGUCUUGUGCGCAGUGAGCCAACCUACAACCAGCCAACACAGCAGUGGAGUUUCAUCUCUGAUUUUGCUAUCAGGGAUUAUUCAGGUACAUAUACAGUGAAACUUAUCCCCUGCAGCUCAGCACCGAACCAGGAGUACAAUCUGCCAAUUGUCUGUAACCCACGAGAACCCAUUACAUUUGAUCUGGAUAUUCGAUUCCAGCAGGUGAGCGACCCUGUGGCUACUGAGUUUAGCCUGAACACCCAGAUGGUCCUAUUGUCGAAGAGAGAACUCUGGCUGUCUGAUGGUUCAAUGGGAUUUGGAGAAGGAACGGAUGUUGCAUUUUCUGAAGGUUCACUCAUUUAUGGACGUGUCAUGGUGGACCCAGUCCAGAAUUUGGGAGAUUCUUUUGUCUGCAACAUUGAGAAGGUUUUCCUAUGUACUGGUGCGGAUGGAUACGUUCCCAAAUACAGUCCAACAAAUCAUGAAUUUGGUUGUCUGGCUGAUUCCACAUCUUUAUUGUACAGGUUUAAGAUUCUGGACAAAGCUCAGCCUGAGUCCCAAGCUCCAGCCUUUGGUAAUGUUCCCUUUGAUGCCAGGUUGGCUAUUGAUGUGCCAGAUGCAUUACCACUUGUGAAACAGCUGGGGUCUGAUGGUUUCAGCUUCGCUUCUGCUCCACUUUUCCAGGUGGCUGCUGGCCGAGAGUGGUAUGUCCAUGUUAUUUACACUGUCCGUUCCAAAGAGAAUUCCAGUAGAGGAAUUGGCAAGCGAAGUGUGGAGUUUCUGCAUCAUUCAGUGCCCUCCACAGGAAGCCUUUCCAACAGCCUGGUAUUCAGCCGAAGUAAACGAUCAGCACCGAGGGAACCGGAUCUUGUCCAGGAUAUUGGAGCAGAGAAUAGCCGAGGCACUAAUAUCCAGCAUAUAGCACUGGACCGUGCCAAUAAAAUCAUCAUCACCCAGAAGGACUACCUGCCCAGCGGUGAACGGUACCAGAAACCACUUCAGCCCACUACCAGUGAGGAGUCUGAAGGUGGCAUCCUCCCCAUGGUAGGCGGAGCUGGGGGUCUGCUGCUCUUAGUCUGUAUGGCCGUCAUAAUCUUUCUGUUGUUGAAGCGCAGGAACAGCACCGCCAGUGGGAAGCAGUCGUCAAACGAGAAACGGGCUGGCAGCAAUGAAACAAUGACCACAGGGCAAAGCUACAAUAGUGAUAGUUCGGAGGUCUAA